GUGGCGGAUCCUACACGCGCUUGCUUGCCCUUGGCCCCUCGCAAGCACGUGACCUUCGUGUCAGGCUCCGUCCUUCUCUCAAAGGAUUGAAAAGAAAUGGGAGUGGGCGGCCGGGCGUGAGUUAGCAGCAACCUCCGUCCGGGCAGUGUUUUCGGCCCUGUCCAGGCUCGCACGCGAGCCCUCGGAGUCAUGCUGUGGAGCUGCGCAGCGCGCCGGUACGCGCUCGGAGCCCUCCGCGGCCUGCGGGGCGGCGCGCCCCCGCCAGCGAGGAGGCCAGGACCCGCGCGGAGCUCAAUGUCUUUUGAGGAACUCUUUUCUGAGGAACAUUCUCUCCCCAAAUCCUGCUGGAGCAAGGACAUGAGACGCCUCUUUGCCCAGUUCAAGAAGAAAUGUGAAGAUGGCUCCUGGAUACCUUUGCCUCUCUAUAAAGCAGCUCAAAGUAGUCAUGACCUCACAACCUUUUUUUGUGGUUAUCUCCCUAAAGCCUCAAAGUUUAUAGACAAAGAAAAACUGUCACAGGCCCAGGUCUUCACAGAAAGCUUUGAGGAUGGACUGGGCUUCGAAUAUGUGAUGUUCUAUAACAAUGCUGAGAAAAGAACAGUUUGCUUGUUUGAAGGAGGCCCUUACCUGCAAGGAAUUCCUGGAUUCAUUCACGGAGGUGCUAUUGCAACCAUGAUUGACGCUACUGUUGGUAUGUCUGCGAUAAUUGCUGAAGGAGUUGUCAUGACUGCCAAUCUCAGCAUCAAUUUUAAAAGACCUGUGCCACUUUGUUCUGUUGUUGUGAUAAAUAGCCAACUUGAUAAGGUUGAAGGAAGGAAACUGUUUAUUUCCUGUGAUGUUCGAAGUAUUGAUGAGAAUACCCUGUACACAGAGGCAACAAGCUUAUUUAUAAAGCUGGAUCCUAAAAAAGAUCCUUGAGAUGAAAGAGCCUCUGGUGAUUUUCACUCGCCUGCAUAAGGCUGUCGUUCCUCCAGAAGAAGAUGUGGCCCCAGUCCUGCUCUACUCGCCUGUUGUUGAGCCUCCCCCCGUAGGGUGAAACCUGCUAUUACUGCCUUCCUGAACAGUCUUCUGAAUACAACUCCAGGAACUCUAUUUCUACCUUGUAAAGUUUGUAACAUAGGGACACUUCCUGUGAGAGUAUCAGCAAUUCUUUGUGUGUCCUCAAGAUAAGUCAUUUUCCUGAAAUUUGAAUGGGCUCCCUAAGGUGUUAUCUGCAAACUUGGACAUGCCAGAAAACCAAAGGAAAGAACAAAUAUGUGGCUGUGUAUAUGCAUGUGUGUGUGAUGUGUACACGUAUGCAUUCAUGAUUAAUAAAUUAUAAAGCUAACUUUAUCCUGACAAA